UAUGGAUUUAUUUUGUUCAAAUCGUAACCAACAAAGGCCCAAUCAAUACAGUAUAAUCACAGUCAAUGGCAUUUCUGUAAUAUACCAUCAUUUUGCCUUGUACUAUAUAUACCCGUCAGCUCAACUCCCCACCUCAAAACCCUAUCUCAGCCGCAAACUCCAAACAUCCCCAAUGGCCGCCGCUGCCGCUGCCGCCGCAGCCCGCCCCCUCGUCACCGUCCACACCGUGGAGAGCGACAUGGCCACUGAUGACGACGCCGCCAAGUCCCUUCCUCUCCCGGACGUGAUGAAGGCGGCGAUCCGCCCUGACAUCGUCACGUUCAUCCACGGCCAGAUCACCAACAACGCCCGCCAACCCUACGCCGUCUCCAAGCGCGCCGGCUACCAGACCUCCGCCGAGUCCUGGGGAACCGGCCGCGCCGUCUCCCGUAUCCCCCGCGUCCCCGGUGGAGGCACCCACCGCGCCGGCCAGGGAGCCUUCGGGAACAUGUGCAGAGGCGGCGGCAUGUUCGCGCCGACCAAGAUCUGGCGCCGCUGGCACAGGGCCGUCAACGUCACCCAGAAGAGGCACGCCGUGGUCUCGGCGAUCGCCGCCUCUGCUGUCCCCUCGCUCGUGCUCGCGCGCGGCCACAGGAUCGAGGAAGCUCCCGAGCUUCCUUUGGUCGUGUCGGACACCGUCGAGGCUGUUGAGAAGACCAGCGCCGCCAUCAAAAUUCUCAAGCAGGUCGGUGCAUACCUUGAUGCCGAGAAGGCUAAGGACAGCCAUGCUAUUCGCCCAGGAAAGGGUAAAAUGCGCAACCGCCGCUACAUUUCCAGGAAAGGUCCUCUCGUGGUGUACGGGACUGAAGGCGCCAAGCUGACCAAGGCUUUCAGGAACAUCCCCGGAGUUGAGCUGGCCCACGUGUCCCGACUCAAUCUCCUCAAGCUCGCCCCUGGAGGCCAUCUUGGGAGGUUUAUUGUCUGGACUAAAUCUGCUUUCGAGAAGCUUGACGAGAUUUACGGGACUUUUGACAAGCCGUCUGAGAAGAAGAAGGGAUAUGUGCUGCCGAGGACCAAGAUGGUGAAUGCCGACCUGGCGAGGAUCAUCAAUUCUGAUGAGGUGCAGUCUGUUGUGAAGCCUAUCAAGAAGGAGAUCAAGAGGGCUCCAUUGAAGAAGAACCCGCUGAAGAAUCUGAAUGUGAUGUUGAAGCUCAACCCAUAUGCUAAGGCUGCCAAGCGGAUGUCUCUAUUGGCCGAGGCCCAGAGAGUUAAGGCUAAGAAGGAGAAGCUUGACAAGAAGAGGAAGCAGAUCACCAAGGAAGAGGCAUCCGCAAUCCAAUCUGCUGGCAAGUCUUGGUACAAGACCAUGAUCUCAGAUAGCGAUUACACAGAAUUCGAGAACUUCUCCAAGUGGUUGGGCGUGUCUCAGUGAUUCAAUGUCUAUUUUAAUUUCAGUUAAAACCCAUACUUUUUAUUUGUUUUGUCUACUGGUAUUUACAUUGAUCUUUGAGGACUUGAAUGGGAUCAUAUGGGAUGGGGAUGACUGCAACGAGUUUCCAAGCUCGUCAAAAGUUUUCCCUUCCCAUGCUUUGGUGUCCAGGUUUCUGCGCAGUUUGAGACAAUUUUGUUUAGACUAUGUUUUAAGGAUUUACAGAUUUUCAUGUGAUCAAGCCGUGGUAUUUCCGGAUUUAUUAAUUCUUUGUUCUAUCCAUUUGGUAGUGUGGUUUGUGAAUCUUACUUUAUACAUCUCUUUCAUGCUCUCUCUCAUGGUGCAUGAAAAUUCAUCUAUAAUAUAAAUUGAUAUAUAUUAGUUUUGCCUGAGG